CACGGAACCUGCACUAUUUAACUGUUUUCUCUGCGUUCGUAAGAAUAUUCAUAGGCACUGUUUCCCAAAGGAUGCGCAAUUAAAACAUUUUAAUGUCUAAAGAACCUGAUGGAUUAUCAAACAACGUUUUGUUAAAAUGGUCCUUUAGAGUGCCAGUUUAUUUUAGGAGGUCUUGGCAAAUAGAUGGUUUUUUUUCCCGUUUCGAAAUCAAACGCGUUUUCAGCAGAUGAGAACGACCAGCAGCAUCGGAUUCUUCUCGUGUUAGUACCUGUGGAUCUCUGUUAUAAUCAAAUUUGGACUGGUGAACUGUUUUGCAUCGCAAUGGAUACAACUAUGUGGAGUUAUAUAUUAGGUCUUUUCAUGGUUGCUUGUCGAGUAAAACUGGCUCGAUCAACAGUUUUAGAAUCAAUAUAUUGGAAUACUUCAAACACCAAGUUUGUCCCAGGAAGGGGUGUAGUACUAUACCCUCAGAUCGGAGACAAAAUGGACAUUGUGUGUCCAAGAAUCAAGCCAGGCUCCACUGAGCAGACGAACAUUGAAUACUUCCGGGUCUAUCUUGUUCCCAAAGAACAACUUGAGACCUGUCGAGUCACUAAGGGCGACAUGUUACUGCUCAACUGUGACAAGCCAGACCAGGACGUGAAGUUCACCUUCAAGUUUCAAGAGUUCAGCCCCAACCUGUGGGGCCUGGAGUUCUACAAAGGAAAGGACUAUCACAUCAUCUCCACAUCAAACAGCACUUUUGAAGGUUUGGACAACCACGACGGCGGUGUUUGUAAGACCAAAUCUAUGAAGCUGGUCCUGCGAGUUGGACAGAGUCCUACAGAUUCAUUCUCAGCAAAAAACUAUCCAACUAGAUAUCCUCCAAAAUACCCUGACAGUAAGGACCAAAACACCUUCAGCAAAGAAACCGAUGCUGUCAACAGAGUUGACCCCAUGCAGAAUGGUGAGUCCGGAGGCAAGAGCGGAGAGUCUGUAGGAUCUGCUGGAUCUGAAGUAGCCCUGUUUGCUGGUGUUGCAUCUGGUGCUGUCAUCUUCAUCAUCAUCAUCAUCGCUCUGGUAGCACUGCUGCAUCGGCGUCAUCAGAAACACUCCGCGCAGUGCUCCGCCCAGCUGCCAUUAAACACGCUGCCCAAACGCGGAAGUGCUGCCAGUGGCGGCAGCAACAAUAACGGCUCUGAGCCGAGUGACAUCAUCUUUCCGCUGCGCACCUCAGGAAGCAUGUACUGCCCGCACUACGAGAAGGUCAGCGGUGACUACGGCCACCCUGUCUAUAUCGUCCAAGAAAUGCCACCACAAAAUCCUGCAAACAUUUACUACAAAGUUUGACAGAGAAUGGACAACAAGCCACGGACACGGAAAAGCCGACCGGCUCUGUUUCAAAUGAUGGACAUCAGCGUUUUGAUGCCUCUCUGACGCUCAGAUGCUUGUUGCAGAUGUUUUAGCUCUAUUAGCUGGAUGCUAGAAGGGCUGAAGUGUUGUCUAAUUCAGAAGAACUUGGCUUUGAGACUUGAUUCUGGAUUAGAUGAUGGUGCACAUGGGAAUUUGCUCUUCUGUUUAUACUUUAAAGCUGGAUGACUUUCAAAGCCUAGAACAAUCUUACAGAUGAACAUGCAGUGAAUGCUGCAAAGUCAUGCUGAAUAAACAUCUCAUGUGAAGGAUCUGAGAAUACCAACUGAUUUUUUUUUUUAUUUAUUCCUUUUUUUUUAUUUAUUCCUUUUUUUUUGUUUCUAAACUCCCAGAUCUUAAUUCAUGCACGAGAAGAGGCCUUUAUUCCUGUACUUUGCAAUUCUUCAAUGUAUUUGAGUCCAUCCGAUGCAAUUUAAGCUGAUGCACUUAACUGUUUGCAUCCCAAAGCUGGCCUGAUGGAUGCAUAUUACAUGUCAUUUCAGACAUUUGUAGCCCUUAUGCUGUUAACGUGC